AUGUCGUUCGGAACCAUCAAACUGAACGACGGAAACGAGCUUCCUGCUAUCGCAUUCGGCACCGGCAGCGUCUGGAAGGACAAGGAGGUCACAGAAUUCGUGGAACAGGCCAUAGAAUCUGGGUACUCUCAUAUUGAUACUGCUGCAGUCUACCAUACGGAGAAGGACGUCGGCAACGCAAUUAAAGAAAGCGGGCUCGAUCGGCAAAGCCUCUAUAUUACUUCCAAGUACGACGGAGGAGAUAUUCCAUCCGCCAUUCGAGAUAGUUUAGACAACCUUGGGUUGAAGCAGUUGGACUUGUAUCUCAUCCACACUCCCUUUUUUGUCCCAAACCAGGACUUCGAGAGCGCGUGGAAGGAAUUCGAGAAAAUUAAAGAGGAUGGUCUGGCCAGGAGUAUCGGUGUGAGCAAUUUCACUGUAGAAAACUUGCAGAAGAUAGUCAAGACCGCCAAGAUUCUUCCAGCAGUCAACCAGAUACAAUUCCACCCCUACAACCUUCCGCAGUACAAAGAAACCCUCGAAUAUUGCGCAAAGCACGGGAUAGUAAUUGAGGCUUAUAGUAGUCUUGCACCGAUAACUCGAUUUCCCGGAGGACCAGUCGACGCCCCGGUCGCCAAGGCUGCUCAGCGGUUAGGCGCCACCCCGACACAGGUGCUCCUCGCCUGGGUACGCGCAAAGGGGGCAGUCAUUGUCACGACUAGUUCCAAGAAAGAACAUCUUGAAGAGUAUCUCGCCGUUGCAGACCUAGGUGAUUAUUUUCCUUCUCAAAAGCCGAUCACAAGAACUAAGCCCCGACGCGAGUAG